CAUUGAAGUCACAUGACCGAAAACUGAAACUAUAUAGCAACCAAUGGAGGCUUGGUGCGCGGCACUUCUGAGAGUCACUGUGAAGACUAAACUUACUCCCACACCCUUGAUCAGAUUUCAUUGUUUCAUCUGUCACUGCGAGGGAAAGAUGACCGAAGUCUAUGAUACCUACUCCUAUUCUGACUAUGAUGAGAGUGAGACUGCCACUCCCUUUGAUACCGGCACCUCAACAGACUAUAAUUAUGACGACAACACAGAUGGCAUGGGACAGAUGUGCGACAGGUCCUCAGUGCGCAACUUCCGGGCGCUGUACGAGCCGCCGCUCUACUCUCUGAUCUUCGUGCUGGGCUUGUUUGGCAACCUGCUGGUGGUGUUCAUCUUCCUCACGGUGAAGAACCGUCUGAAGACCAUGACGGACAUGUACCUGCUGAACCUGGCGGUGGCCGACCUGCUCUUCCUCUUCACGCUGCCCUUCUGGGCCACAGACGCACUCAGCGGCUGGAGCUUCGGGGACGGCCUGUGCAAGGUGGUGAUGGCUCUGUACAAGAUCAACUUCUUCUCCAGUAUGCUGCUGCUGACCUGCAUCAGCGUGGACCGCUACGUGGCCAUCGUGCACGUCACCGAGGCCCACAACCAGAGCAAGAGGACCCGCCUCCUGCAGGCCAAGCUGGCCUGCCUCAGCGUCUGGCUGUUCUCCUUCUUCCUGGCCAUGCCCGAGUUCGUCUUCGCCAGUGUCAAGAGCCCGUCCUCGGGCCGCCCCUUCUGCACCAUGGUGUACUGGUCCAACGAGCAGAACCGCACCAAGAUCCUGGUGUUGGCGCUGCAGAUCUGCAUGGGGUUCUGCCUGCCGCUGCUGGUCAUGGCCUGCUGCUACGCCGUCAUCAUCCAGAAGCUGCUGCAGGCGCGCAACUUCGAGAAGCACAAGGCGCUGCGCGUCAUCUUCGCCGUGGUGGCCGUGUUUGUCCUCUCCCAGCUGCCGUACAACGCCCACCUGGUGGUGGAGGCGGGGCAGGCCAGCAACGCCACCAUGGUGGAGUGCGACACGCUGCGGGAGUUCGACGUGAUUGGCCAGGUGGUGAAGAGCCUGGCCUACACGCACUGCUGCCUCAACCCAUUCCUGUACGUGUUCAUCGGCGUGCGGUUCAGGAAGGACCUGCGCAAGGUGCUCCACAAGGUCACCUGCAGGCUACUGACACCGCCGACUCCCAAGCCCAACCGACCCUCGCUUAUGUCCGCGGACACGGACACCACGCCGGCCCUGUCGCUGUGAUCGCCUCUGGUGCCGCUUGCUCCAUACAUUACUAGAGCAGCUCUCUGAAGAAGCUCACUGUCAUGGGGGUUACAUGUUCUCACUCUCUGUUGCCAUAGACGCAUGGGGCUACAUAAAGCCCUUGUCGCUGUGAUCACCUGGUGGUUGUUUGAUAAUGAGCUGCUUCAUACUCAAGACAAGGACAAUGUCCAGAGAAGCUCUCAGUUGCAGCAUAGACUCAUGGUGUUACUAUAUCUACACUCAGCCUGUCUAAGCCUGUAAACUGAGGAAGAAUCAGAUUUGGGAGCCAUUGUUUAAGCAGAUCACGUACACUCCCCUCAAUAAAACACAUACAAUUGUAGACUCCUGGUGGCCCUGUGUCACAGAUAGGGUAGCUCAGUCCCCUCUACAACGACAAACUCUGUCUGUCUUCAGAUGCUGCACUGAUUGAGUGAGUCAUUGCUAGACACCUCCGUCUAAAGUUUAGACUUCAAACAGUAGCAGUAUGGCCCCGAUUUUUUUGCUCUAGUAGUCCUUGUAAGGUCUGACAGAGGAAGACUUUUAACUCUUCUUGGUGGCGUUUCUCGACAAUGUUGUUGCUAACUAUGCUAGCAUACGUGUGUGGCAUGUGGCAACCAACUAAGUUGCUAAAUAGAUAGCAACACUGCAUUCGAGAAACGUGGUCCAAGUGUACUGAACUGCAGAAUAUAGCCAUCACAUGCAGAUUUCUACUGUAGUCAGCAUGUCAGGAGGGAAAUAUGGAAGGUUCUCAUAUCUUAUUCUUUUCUGUCACAGUGCCUGUGCAUUUGUUGAAACCAUAGUUGCUCAUUACGUUAGCUACUUUGUUGUUUUCAAUGCAAUUUCACAUUGGUAACUAACCAAGAUGCUAACUGGCUAACAACUGUGCUUUCGAGAAACGAGCCCAUUCUCGUGAAAAUCAACUACAAGCUUCGAGGUGCCGCUACGAUAUAGCCUCAUUUUUCGUAGUUGGGCAACGCGCGCUGUCGUCGACAGUGGGUGAGAGAGAGGGUGAGAAAGAGCGAGUGAGAGAGAGAGACCACCUGAGCAGCGUGCGUGCAUUCCGGGAGGGGAGCGCUGUCGUUGUGUCAGCUUCAUGCCAUGUCUCCCUUCCUCCAACAUUAUCCCUAACCUUAACCCUAAACCUAACCCUAACCCUAACCUUUACCCUAACCUUAACCCUAACCCUAAACUUAACCCUAAACUUAACCGUAAAUCCCUUGUUUGAAAUGUUUGAUUACCGUCGUUUCCAGUUAGCCCUCAGUCGAGCUUGAUUGUUGACGUCCGUCCGCAUUAUUCUUCCCCCCAGAACCAAACUACCCCAAUUGUCAGUUCCCCCUUUCGUCCCCCUUUCCCAACCACGAGAAACGAGGCUAUACGUGAAGACACCACAAGGCUUAAAGUUGAUUUUGUCUGUUUUUCUCGUAAAGACUUCACGCAUGGCGCGAGUUACUGUUGGAGCAACGCACCCCUGGCCUGUUGUCCUUAUAUUUACUUGUUGGAAGUGCUAAUCGAUUCAGAUUAGUAGAUAUACAGUAUGUAAAUAGUAUUCGUUGUGUCUUGACAAACUACUGUAAAUAAA